AUGCUGGACUGCAUCUUCGGCGCCGCGCCUCCUGAAGCGUUGCUCUGGCCAAUGAGCGGCCAGACCUUCAGGAAGCGGUUCAACAGCCUCUGCCGGGAGCUGCGGCUUCCUCUCAACCUGGGGGGAAAAUGCAGAGGAGCUCUCGAUCUUGCUUCUCUCCGAGCGGGUGGCGCCACCCAGCUCUUCCUGGAAACGGAUGAUCCGCAUCUCGUCCAGAAUAGGGGUCGUUGGAUGUCUCAGAAAGUCAUGCUCAUCGACCUCCAGGAACUGGUCUCAACCACUUAUAUGUCCGAACUUCCAGAGGCGACCAGGACGGGGAUCUUUCAGAUGGGCUCUCAGGUAUCUUGGAUGUGGCCACAGGCUGUUACGUGGGUUCGCGACGGGAUCCCUGCUUCGUCUUGGCCUUCCAUAUGGUGCUCCAUGAGGCCCCCCUCGUGA